CAGUGCUGCUGAGUGAGAGAGAGGAAGAGGGAGCAUUCUGCAAGGUGAGGGAACACGCAGCUUUUGGCAAAGUUUUCUUGAGUGCAGCAGCUCUUGCACUGGGCCCAGGAUGCUUGUAAAGGAAUACAGGAUCUGCAUGCCCUUGACUGUGGACGAGUACAAGAUUGGACAACUGUACAUGAUAAGCAAACACAGCCAUGAACAGAGUUCAGAUGGAGAAGGGGUCGAAGUAAUAAUUAAUGAGCCUUAUGAAGAUCCUGUACAUGGAAAAGGACAGUAUACAGAGAAGCGAGUUUAUCUAAACGGUAAACUGCCAACAUGGGUGCGAGGGUUUGUCCCCAAGAUAUUCUACGUAACGGAAAAAGCCUGGAACUAUUAUCCUUACACAAUUACAGAAUAUACAUGCUCUUUCUUGCCAAAAUUCCAAAUUCGAAUUGAAACAAAGUUUGAAAACAACAAUGGUUGUAAUUCACGGGUUUUUGGAGAAAAACCCACUCCAGAAGAUGAUGUUUGCUUUGUGGACAUUGCAGCAGAUGACCUACCAGAAGGUUAUUAUAAAAAAUCAGAGGAUCUUAGAACAUUCCACUCAGAGAAGACAGGUCGGGGUCCAUUACUGGAGGAUUGGAGAGAAACUACAAAACCAAUUAUGUGCUCAUAUAAAUUAGUGGCAGCUAAGUUUGAAGUUUAUGGUUUUCAAUCAAGAGUGGAAAGCUUUGUCCACAAGAACAUAAAGGACAUUUUACUUGCAGGACACAGACAGGCUGUUGCUUGGAUGGAUGAAUGGUAUGGUAUGUCUUUAGAAGAUGUAAGAAAAUUUGAAAAGAGACUUCAAGAGGAAACAAACUGCAAAGUAAAUUCCCAGAAAGCAGAUUCAAAAACUGACAAUCAUCUAAACAUUGCUGGGGGAAAACAUUCGAUUAAUCGUUCAACAUCUUGGAAUAAUGGAAGUGAAGCACAGUCUUAUGUAACUACCAAUGGGUCAGCAGAAUUAAAGCCACGGCCAAGAUUACCUUCGGCUCCAGAAUAGUUGCUUCUGACCGAUUUGAACUCUUUGAAGUAUGGAUCUGGACAUUAUGGAUAAAGCUAUCCUGAAGCUUGUUACUGUGCAAUCCAGAACCAAGAGUUUAACAUGUAUAUGAUGGAAUAGCAUGGCCAGUGAGAUUUUGAUCACUGUUUACUUGUGCAUUGUAAAUAAAGGUUAAAAAGAAAGGACUUAAGAAACCCUCACAAAAACAUGGACUUGUUCAUACAAAUACAUUUGCAAUAUAAGACAGGAUAUUUUUCAAUUAUUUUAGGAUAUAAAGAAAAUUGUAUCUAUUUACUAGUUGGAGGUUUUUAAAUAUAAAUAAAAUCCCUCUCUUAGGAACGGUUUAUAGGAAGGUUUAAAGAAAACUAAAAAAACAGAACAUGUUUUUAUAAUGUAUUGUAAAACAAGUGAUGCACUGAUUGAUUGCUACUUCUGAAAAUGUUGUAAGCUACAAUCCAUAGCUACAGGGAACUUGUCAUUUAAAUAAAACUGUGUUUUAUAUCCUGGUUGAGACAUUUAACUGAUCAAGAAUUUUGUAAAGAUUACACAGGUGAACACUGAUUUUAUUGUCAAUGAUGUUGGAUCAAUUGAAUAGUUUUUU